AUGGUAUCGUUUUACAUGCUUCCCCGAACAGGCUCUUUGCCCAAUCCUAUCCCUGCAAAGCUGUGGAGGGUAACACCCUCGAUGUUACAAGCGGCAAGACCUGUUGAAGCAGUCACUGCCACUCUGUCAGGUUCUCUCCUGUACUUGUCGCGAAGUUUCUUAAUAAUUUCUCUCAUGAGAACGGAUUUUCCAGUUCCGGCGGAACCGGUGAAGAAUAUACUCUUCCCUUGCUCAACAACGGCAUUAAGUACGUGUUUCUGCUCAUCACUAAGGAAUAAGGACGCCAUCUUAGGACGUGGGCGGUGUUGCACAGAAUCGGUCUUCUGA